AUGUUGUGUCGGUUAUAUUGUACCAUUUUAAUUCUUCUAUCCUUUGGAUUUUGCUUAAGUCAAAACAGGAGUUAUACUGAAACCCUGUACGACACUGUUUUAACGAACUACAACAGAUAUAUCAGGCCAAAUGAGAAUCAGUCACACAGUACUAUUGUUUACGUCUCGUUUUUUAUGCUGAGUUUAAAAGACUUUGACGAAGUAACUGGGAAAUUCUCUGUAGUUGGAUAUUUCUAUCUGAUCUGGAACGACCCAAGAAUGGUUUGGACACCGGCAGAUUAUGAAAACGUGGAGAAACUUUAUAUUCCACAAAGAUUGGUGUGGAAACCGGAACUAACCUUAGUGAAUGCUUACCAAUACAUCAAGGCUGUCGGAUUUGAUGAUUUACCGAUAUUGUAUUUUUACAACGCAACAGCAAGAUGGAUGGUUGGCGAGGUGAUGGAUACAACAUGUGACGUAGACGUGACGUUCUUCCCGUUUGACAAACAGAUUUGUAAACUAGAAUUUGCAGCCUGGGGAUAUACGUCCAACCAGCUGACAUUUCAGACGAUUCAGGAAAACAUCGAUUUCUCACGAUUUUCUGAGAAUGUAGAAUGGGUCAUCACAAAAACAAAGGGUUAUGAGUUGACAUCACGUGACCAAGCCUCCAUUGUUUACGAAGUGGAGAUGGAGAGAAGAUACACAUUUUUCAUCGUUAACGUGUUCAUUCCAGUUAUCAUGUUGACGCUUUUGAGUAACAUGGUUUUUCUGUUACCUGCUGAUUCUGGCGAGCGUGUUGGAUACAGUGUAACAUGUCUACUAGCUGUAUCUGUGUUUCUCACAAUAGUUUCUGAUACGUUACCUAAAGCCUCUAAUCCAGUGUCUGUUCUCACCUUUUUUCUGAUGUGCGAUUUUGUGAUGUCAACAUCGAUCUGUAUUUGUACAAUACUGGGGCUCAUUCUUCACCACAAAGACGUCACGAAGCCCGUACCUAAAUGGGUGAAACGCGUCACAGAUUUCUUCACCUGUAAGGUAUGUACACCAAAGAGUUUCCACCGGCAGAUCAAAGUGAAGGAGGCCAAAGGAAACGGCAUCGAAGUGACUCCAGAAAUCAGUUCAUCGAAAUCAAUAAGUGACGUCAAUGUGAGUGUUCACACGCCAAAAACGGACAGAAAAAAUGACACCUCGGAGUUGACAUCACGAUCAAAAUCCAAAAACAGCCAUUUACAUGUUUCUCGAGACCGAAAAGUUCUUCCGAUUCAAAUUGAACCUGAACCGGAUGUUAACCCUGAGGAUGAAGACGAGGAAGUAUUUACGUGGAAAACAGUGGCAAAUAUUUAUGACAAAGUUUGUUUUGUUAUUGGAAUUUCCGUUGUUUUGUUUCUGAUGGUGGUGUAUACCUUGUUUACAAAUCUGGUUUAA